AUGAUUCGGUCUGCGAAAAUCCUGCGCCUAGAAUUGGAGGAAGCAACUCUCCCCGACCCCCCGCCCCCGCUCACUCCCCAGCUCCCCUCAUUCCCUGCCCCCCUUUCCGCCUGGCCAACUGGAGCGACAAGCCUUGAGGGGCUGCUUGGAAGGAGGUGUGGGGCCCAAAGGGCAGCAGGGCGCACGGGGCGCACAGGGCAGCAGGGCGCACAGGGCAGCAGGGCGCGUGGGGCGCACAGGGCUGCAGGGCGCGCGGGGCGCACAGGGCAGCAGGGCAGCAGGGCGCACAGGGCUGCAGGGCAGCAGGGCGCGCGGGGCAAACAGGGCAGCAGGGCGCGCGGGGCAAACAGGGCAGCAGGGUGCACAGGGCUGCAGGGCAGCAGGGCGCGCGGGGCGCGCAGGGCUGCAGUGCGCGCAGGGCGCGCAGGGCAGCAGGACAGCAGGGCGCGUGGGGCGCAGCAGGGCUGCAGGGCGCGCGGGGCGUGCAGGGCAGCAGCAAGGGCUGUAGCGGCAGCAGCAAGGGCUGUAGCGGCAACAGCAAGGGCUGUAGCGGCAGCAGCAGGGCAGCAGGGCGCACAGGGCUGCAGGGCAGCAGGGCGCACAGGGCUGCAGGGCAGUAGGGCGCGCGGGGCGCGCGGGGCGCACUGGGCUGCAGGGCGCACAGGGCUGCGGGGCAGCAGGGCGCGCGGGGCGCGCAGGGCUGCAGUGCGCGCAGGGCGCGUAGGGCAGCAGGACAGCAGGGCGCGCAGGGCUGCAGGGCGCGCGGGGCGCACAGGGCUGCAGGGCAGCAGGGCGCGCGGGGCGCAGCAGGGCUGCAGGGCGCGCGGGGCGCGCAGGGCAGCAUGA